CGGAAGCCAGCCCCAGGGGGCGACCAGGUCACAGGGUGGAGUAGGAAAGGCCAGCCUCGCCCUGAGUGCCCUGCCCCCGCGAUGGGCGUGCAGCCCCCCAACUUCUCCUGGGUGCUCCCGGGACGGCUGGCCGGGCUGGCGCUGCCGAGACUCCCUGCACACUACCAGUUCCUGCUGGACCUGGGCGUGCGGCACCUGGUGUCCCUGACGGAGCGCGGGCCCCCUCACAGCGACAGCUGUCCUGGCCUCACGCUGCACCGACUGCGCAUCCCUGAUUUUUGCCCGCCUGCCCCCGAACAGAUCGACCAAUUUGUGAAGCUUGUAGACGAGGCCAACGCUCGGGGAGAGGCCGUCGGAGUGCACUGUGCUCUGGGCUUUGGCCGCACGGGCACCAUGCUGGCCUGCUACCUGGUGAAGGAGCGGGGCUUGGCUGCAGGAGAUGCCAUUGCUGAGAUUCGGCGCCUGCGACCUGGAUCCAUUGAGACGUAUGAACAAGAGAAAGCUGUCUUCCAGUUCUACCAGAGAACAAAAUAAGAGAUAGCAGCAACAG